CGCUUUCACAAGAUGGCAGGCAAAGCGUACGUUCUCUUUGUUCUGCAAUGCGCCUGCGUAUUGUCGAACUUUUGCUAAACUCACUGGAAGCUCUCAGGAUUCUAAGGUGUUCAGCAAGUGGUUGUUCGCUCGGUGGCGAGAGCGGUGUUUACAGUGCGUGUGCUCCUUGUGGCGGUGCGUCCGCGCGAUCCGCAGCUGUCCGCUGUGUUUUCGGUGGGCUUUCACCCGUGGCGUUUUUGCUCACGGUGCGGGAUGCAUCUUCUCCCUGCUUGACCGGCGGCUGCACGCCCGCAACGAAGAACCCUGGAGGGGACAUCGGCCACCCGCCGUUCGGCAAUGGAGCUGCCGGUGCUGAACGUGGGCGGGGAGGUAACCUUCCUGAUGCAGUCGGGGGUAGUCCGCGACACGGUCACCAUAGAUGCCACCGAGAUGAACCUCAAGUCGCUCAAGGACACUGCAUGCAACUUCGUCCACAAAAGGCCCAAAACCCGAGUGACGAUGUCCAGAUCCGGCCGCACUCGCUAACAGUGCACUCGUACAAGACGCCCACCUUCUGCGACUUCUGUGGCGAGAUGCUCUUCGGCCUAGUCCGGCAAGGCCUGAAGUGCGAGGGCUGUGGGCUCAACUUUCACAAGCGGUGCGCAUACAAGAUCCCAAACAACUGCAGCCACACACGGCGGCGGCGGUCCUCCACCUCGAUGUACCCUCGGAGCCCAACGGAAGCAGUCCAACGGACUGCAUCCAGCGCAGCUACUUUCAAUGAUGACCAUAAUGUGUUGCUCUGCAGUGGGAGCAACUUGUCGUCGAAUUCGCGGGAGAAGCGGUCCCCGUCGUUGAACAUGGGGCGCCCCGCAUGGGUGGAGCGGGAGCUGGCGGGCCGCAUCUGCAUCCCGCACACGUUUGUGGUGCACUCGUACGCCAAGCCAACGGUGUGCCAACACUGCAAACGACUGCUCAAGGGUCUCUUCCGCCAAGGGCUGCAGUGCAAGGACUGCAAGUUCAAUGUGCACAAGCGCUGCAUGGACAAGAUCCCCAUGGACUGCACUGGCGAGGCACCCCGCGAGUGGGCUGACGCCUCUCAGGACAACUCGGAAAGCAGCUCCGAGCUGGAGAACAAUGGGGAACGGGACAACGUGGAGGAUGACUCGGAUACGGAGAGUGAACAGCACGAGUCACGGCCGCCAGCGGACAACCGUGAGGAUGAGCUUCCCAAGACCAACCUGGAUGAGUCUGGCAGCAACAACAUCCCGCUGAUGCGGAUCGUCCAGAGCGUGCGGCACACGAAACGCAAAGGGGGUGCCAAGCUCUUCAAAGAGGGAUGGCUGGUGCACUGCACGGAUCGGGACCCCGUGCGGCGGCGCCACUAUUGGCGCCUGGACAGCAAGGCCCUGACCCUGUUCCAUUCGGACACAGGCUCCAAGUACUACCGUGAAAUCCCCUUAUCCGAGGUUCUGUCAGUGGACCCUCCAAGAAGGCCCGACAUUGGCUUCGAGCUGCGCACAGCUGCUGGCGCCACCUAUCUGGUGGGCGACGACCGCGACCAGGCGCGCCCCUGGGAGCUGGCCCUGCGGCAGGCACUCAUGCCGGUGUCCCGACAGGAGGAUGAAGGCAAUGGACAGCACAACACGGACAUCAGCCUACGGUACCAGAUCUUCCCAGAUGAAGUUCUGGGAUCGGGCCAAUUUGGCAUCGUCUACGGAGGUGUCCAUAGGACGAGCGCCCGUGCAGUGGCCAUCAAGGUGAUCGACAAGCUGCGCUUCCCAACCAAGCAGGAGGCACAGCUGAAGAAUGAGGUGGCCAUCCUGCAGAACAUCCACCAUCCAGGUGUCGUUGACCUGGAGAAGAUGUUUGAGACGGCUGAGCGCAUCUUUGUCGUCAUGGAGAAGCUCAAGGGUGACAUGCUUGAGAUGAUCCUCUCCUCGGAGAAAGGGCGGCUCUCCGAGCGCACCACCCGUUUUCUCAUCUACCAGAUCCUGAUUGCCCUGAAGCAUCUGCACUCCAAGAACAUCGUGCACUGCGACCUCAAGCCUGAGAAUGUGCUGCUGUCCUCAGACUCUGAAUUACCUCAGGUCAAGCUGUGUGACUUCGGCUUUGCCCGCAUCAUUGGCGAGAAGUCAUUUCGGCGGUCCGUUGUCGGCACCCCCGCAUACCUAGCGCCCGAGGUGCUUCGGAACAAAGGCUACAAUCGGUCACUCGAUAUGUGGUCCGUCGGCGUUAUCAUCUACGUCAGUUUAAGUGGGACAUUCCCAUUCAACGAGGAAGAAGACAUCAACGAUCAAAUCCAGAACGCGGACUUCAUGUACCCCCCCAACCCGUGGAAGGACAUAUCCCCAGAAGCGGUUGACCUUAUCAACAACUUGCUCCAAGUGAAGACAAGGAAGCGCUACACGGUGGACAAGUCCCUGGUCCACACCUGGCUACAGGAUUACCAGACGUGGUGCGACAUUCGCGAGCUGGAGAGCCAGGUCGGGGUGCGGUACCUGAGCCACGAGUCGGACGACACCCGCUGGGAGACAUACCGGCGCGAGCGAGGGCUGCAGCCGCCAGCACCCGCGCCCCCUACCGCUCAGACGCAGCAGCAGUCUCAACAGCAGUCCCAGCAGCAGCAGAACCUUCAUCACACGCCUGCGCGGUCACGACUCUCGGUUCAGCGCGAAGAGGAAUCGUCUCCCACCUGCGGUCGUGUCCGCCUCUGACCCUUUGCCGACAUGAGCCACCGUGGCACGCAGUUUCCUACGUUUUCCCUGGGGCAGGGUGCUAGCGUAGGCGGGGUCCUGGUAUGCGUUUGGAGGUGGCACCAUUUCCUGCUUCAUUUGAUUUGUUUUUCCUUCAACUCCCUCACUAUCUCGUCACUAUUGUUGGCAGUAGCAUCGCUGAGAAAAGAUCCAAACUUGCUCCAUCGCAAUUUUUGGACCCUUUUAUCAGCCAGCCUCUGUGCGAAAGAGGAGUUGAGAGGGAAGACCUGAGAAAGGGGUAAGGGCAGCAGCAAUGUAAAACGCUAUCUUCAGGUUUUACGGGGACCUUGAGUGUAGAUGCGUUUGCUGUGUAGGGAAGCAUGCAGCAGUGGUGUGUCUCGGCCAGUCACGAAGUCUGGGAGGGGCUGUAUGGUCUCAGUCGGUCACCUUCAGCAGCGCUUCCACAUGGCGCUACACGAGGCAUGAGACCUCAGUGGUAGCGCUGAUCAUUCAUAGGCACCGUGAUAUUUUGCCUGCCCGUCCUGUAUUCAGAGCACUUGACAACUGCACAGUGGUCUGGCGUGGGUAUAGCAGUCGACAUACUGGGUGUUGCAGGUGUGCAUGAUUUUUCCUGCUAAACAGCCGGCCGAUCUGUACUCAAAUUUCGCACAAGGUUAGAAUUUUGCAGUUGAUUUAGUUUAAUACCACAUUUGUGAGCACUACUUGCCCAUUUCCGUAACAACAGAACUAAAGAGCAGAUUGUCUGCAGUAAAGCCGCUUUAAAAAUUCCGACUUUGCUGCAACGAAACGUGAGCACCAUCUUUAAUCCACUACAGUGAACGGUGCACUCACCUUUCACCAAUAAAACAGGCAAGUAAUGCAGGCAAACAUCGUAAUAAACCAAACCCAUUUCAAAAUGCUACCUCUGUGUGAAAUUUUAGUGGAAAUACAUCAGCAGUUUAGCUAGAAAAGUCAUGUAAACAUUGUGCACCCCUGUUCAUGCAAUAUUCUGUAUUGUCAUUUUGCAAUAUGUUUGCUGACUGGUUUCCUCCCGUCACAUCUGCUGCCUCUUGAUAGUCAAGUAGUGCACAGUGAAAGUAGUAUUCCUAAUGAAAAGUGAUCAGAUGUUCCAGUUUGAGCCAUGCAUGCCCUGCUUUACACACGCACUGGACCACAGUUUCCAGGGUGCUGUAUUUUGUCUUGUUUCUGCGUGCCUGGCCACAGCUGAACCUGUAACGUAGCUAGUACAAUGCAAGACACAUGGUAUCUCGUAAGGCACGUGGUAGCAUGUAAGGCACAUAGCUUGCUGCCAGGGCUACAGACUUCACACAUUCAUAUGUUGAAUCUGCUUGGCAGCAUUUUGUGUAAAAAGGCAAUGACACCAAGCACAAGAACUAGACUAAAUGGAAGACUUACUGAACACGAAGUAAUCUGCCUAUAACCCUGCAGCCUUCAUUUCUUAUUUCUCUGCGACACUCCCCCUUCCUGCCCUAUUCUGUGAGGUUGUUAUCAGAUAGAAAUCUGGCACUGCAGUAGGUCAAGUAGCCCGCGAAUCAUGGACGGUACACAAAUGUUUUUUCGAUUGGUACAACUUCAUUGGCGAAGCAAAUUUUCACUCCUUUUACUGUUCUAUGAGCUUCAGUUGUUUAGUGCCUACCUUGCAACAUUUCUUUGGGUUCGUUAAUUAUUAAGGUUUCAGAGUUGAUUCAUUCUAUCCGUUGAAUAGGAAUGCUUACUAUCAGAAAAUAUAAAAUCAGUUUUUUUCUUAGCAAUGAAAGGCUUAGUGAGGCUAACCAUUGUCAUGUAAAGAACUUGUGGCUUCAAGUUGGUCCAAGAUAAAUAGCCACAAGGUUGAACCGUAGAUAAAUCCAUGUAGUGCCUAUUAUUCUCAUGCUGGUUGAACUGUCUGUGCUUGUUUGUGCUGGUUAAGCUGGCAAUUGUGAACUGGCACUGCACAUAGGCACUAGCACCGUGGUUCUUUGUAGUAAUCUUAAGGGUUCACUAAAAAGAGAAAUAACUUGAGCUGUAUUACCCACCCACAGUGGCAAAAGAAAGCCACUGUGAACAUGGAAGGAGGCCUGAUAAGCCAGAAAAGAUUGUAAAAAUUGGCAGUUUCGCUUAAGGGCGAAGCAAUGACAGUGAUAGCAAGGUUUAGCAUUGCACUUGAACUCUUUGGACGCUGUUCUUAACGAUGCACAGGUGCGACUACACGCGGAUGGCGACAAAUGCGGAUGCAACAAAUGUGGUGCCAAGAUUUCUGGCACCGUUAAAAAACUUCAACACACCGUGUAGGGCCUGUAAUGGCAUUGCACAGGCACUAUUGCGCUGCCCGUCAAGACCAGUGCCAGUGUAAUUACAUAACUUUCAGAUUGUGAGUGCUAACUUUUUUUUUUGCACUUUUUGAUAUUCAGAUAAGAUUUGGGUUUAAAGGCGUACACUGCGAAUGGAACUUUUCACGACUUUUGAAUAUGGCAAAUAGUGCUGCGAAAUUCCGCAAGGUGAAUGAAGGUUCAUGGGGGAAAGGAAAAAUUUACAGCCACCUGUGUGUAGCACGAAGCUACAAAGGAAACCCACAUAGGUAACUCGGAAACAAAGCUUUGUAGCGCGCUGCGAUUCUAAAAAAUUCUUAGGAAUAAUUCAAUCAAGGAUGUAGACCUGGUCUUGGCGACAUUGGCAGGUUGAAUAAUAUAGCAUCUCCCUUGCAUAUACAGCAUAGGCAGAGAUAUAGCAUUCUAAUACAUAAAUACAUGUGGAACAUUACGACUACACUGACGGCAAAAAUUUACCUGUAGUGUCCAUAUAAAUGCUAUCUCGAUAAAAUGAAAGACGUGUGGUGACGCCGCCUUUAGAGUUCUCGCACAAGCUCGUCAUGAUGUCAUGAAAUUUCAUGGCACCUGCUUGGGCCUAGUUAGUUUUUUAUUGAUAGAGAUAGAGUACUUCGUAUUCUAAGAGAGCCAAAGACUGAGCUUAGGAAUUUUCAAGAACUUCUGCUAAGCCAGAAUUGACCAAACACAAAAAAAAGAACUGUGACAUCACACUGACAUACUGGCACGGGGGUUUCCAUGCGAAAUUCAAAAAGUGCAACUUUGACCUUCAUUUUCUCUUCUAAUAGUUAACCUAUUAAUGCGAAAGUAAUGAAAAUAGUUUUGAAGGAUUACUUUGCCAGUCUAAACUGAUUUCGUACUUGUCUUUUUUUAGCAUUCCUUUAAGAUGACAUCUAUGCACUUCGUCAUACGAAAAAUCUGGUCACUUUGCCAAAAAGGGAUCCAUCAGGCACACAGCAGCAGGAUCUAUAAGUAUGCACGUAUCCAUUGGACAUAAUAUGAGCAAUUAACAAGAGGAAAGCAAUAGAAACAACACAGGUUUCAAUGCCAUAUGUACAGGCCGAUAACCUCCAUUCCGUCGAGUUUCCUACAAUACUUACUACAGGCAACUCUAGGCUUGUGCAUUAUAAAUGCAACAGAUAGCAAUGAUGUGGACAUGCUCAGAAAGCUACCGCCGUUGUGCAUUUAGGAAGAUAUGAUUCCUUGGAAAUUUUGACCAAUAAAGAGUAAAGAAAACUACAAAAAUGUCUGAAGCAACAAACAUGGAGAUUGUAAACAAAUGCAUGUGCUGUACUCAUCAUUCCCAUGGUAGCUGCAUGAUCACAGGGCCAGAGUUCCCUUUAGUAAUUUUAACAUGAAACUCUGUGAACCACACGACUUGCACAUGAGUUGUUCAUUGUAUUUAUAGCUUAGAAUGCAACAUUCCUGGGCCAAACAAGCUUUUCAUUAGAACUGAUUGUGAUUAUGUCAAGUGGGUUCGAUUGACUGGUAACAAGAUAACAGAAACCAACUGGAUACUCAAAUGCUGUUCAGCUGACAGCACUUUUAACAUUUGGAGGUGCAUACAGGGUUUGACACUGGCAGCGGCCAUUUUGAACUGUCUCUGUGCAGUGUCAAUGUCUCGCAGAAGUACCGUUGCCUCAUCAGAUCCGAACUGAUCACUCUGGCUGCGUCUACCGAUACGCUCAAUUCUGUGUCAACAUUUGUUUCCUUUCCUUUUCUCUUUCUGCUGUGCCUCUGGCACCAUGACUGCUGGCGUUCUUUUUGACCUGCAUUCAUUAAUGUGCUCACAGGGUUUCAUAGUGUUCAGUGCCAUAUGACAAAUCUUUCCACUAAGGGUACUGGCAAAUACUGCAGUACCAGGCGUAAAGCAACAAAGGGCAGCCAAGUGUCUCUCAAACUGGUCCGCAAACCCUGGGGAACUGCUGUUGCUAAGCGUCGUCUCUCGGAAAACACGAGCGAGUCUUGCCGGGGAGGCAUUUGUGAUGACCUAUCUCUGGGAAGCUGCAUGCUCCACAGUUUACCAUGUCAAAAGCUAGUGGAGUUAAUAAUAAUUGAAAAUGCAACUUGAACUAUCUUAUCCUUUCUGGCAUGCAGCAAUGCGUUUCUUGCUACUUGUAGACUGAGUGACACGAAUAAUUAAAAUGCAAUCCAGGCAGUGGUAAAAAUAGUAGCGCAGCUUUAUUUGUUCCAAUAACUUGGUGCCUAUCCUUCUCUGCUUGAUUUUUUGCAGAGAAGAAAGAAAUUUGCCAGUCUUUUAAAAAAGCCAUAUACAAUGAUAUUUCACUUUGGCUGAAUUAGUUAUAAAGGAGUAGUAUACAAUAUACUAUCGAAGCGAUCUUUGCAAGGCUGCAUGGCUGUUGUCUUCUUAUUAACAGCCUUUAAAUAACAUCUAAGCAGACGACAUGUGCACCUAUUGGUUUGUGGGUAUGACACAAAUCACAGCACUUUGCCUCCGAGAUUUCCGGUGCGCCACUGGUGCUGCCUGAUCUCUGACAUCAUGCAAGGUGCUGCACUAGUACUCAACAUUCUUGGUACUGCAUUAUUUCUCGUGAGCAGUAAUGGCAGCAUUUUUCAUACGUUUCGAUAGCUAAAACGUCUAUUUUUGCUAACUUUUUGUGGCACGUCCACUCGUAUCCUAAACGUAAAAUUUUUCACAUAGGCUGUACUAUAUCGACUAUGUGAAGCUAGGUUUUUUACAUUGGGUUGCAGUUGGUCUUUGACAAGCAGCAAGCAGGUUAAGGCCUCUGUGACAAAAGCUUUGAGAACUUCUCUGCCGUGCCAAAGCCAAGUUGUCAUUGUUUCACUCAGUUUUCACCAAUUGGCUCUGUGCAUGUCCACUCAAUGCAAGUAUACGCUGCACUAAGCUGUGACUUGAGUAUGCCAUGGUGUUCAGAAUUUGUGACAUGCAGGUUAGCUGUCGGAAGUGGUCACUGUUUUACUAAUGGAAAGCAGAUUCACUCAGGAUUGUGCAGCAGACUGUUUUAAUUCAUCUAACUGAUAGGUCCAAUGUUUUGAGCAUGUUUGUGCCAUUCACAUAUGAUGUGGUGGCCAGGCAGCAUUAGAGACCUGUUGCACACACCUGCCAAAUAUUUGUUCAUAAAACAACACAGUAGAAAUGGCACUUUCACCUAUUUGGCUGGCUAGCUUACAUUAAGAGUUCACCGUGCAUUGUGUCUAAAGGGACUCUGAAAAGAAAAAUAACUUGAGCUGUGCUAGUAAAUUACCCUUAUGCAAUACGAGAAAAGCCUCCCUUAACAUAAGAACAGGUUUGGCAAGCAAGCAAGGACGCAAAAAAACAGACGGGUGGCGGCACACCAGUAGCGCACCCAGGAUCUUGCCAGGGGGGGGUUGACAGUUUGCCAGCACCAUUUCAAUAGCACUAAUUUCGGUUUCUUCACGGGAAAUUGUCAAAAAAAUGCACUUUUUGCGAGUGUGCAGACAAUUGCGCGUGUUACAUCUUAGUUGCAGUACUCAAAUGCGUAAGGAAAGAAAAGGGGUUAAAUAAAAGGGGGAGUUAAGUCGGCCUCAGGGGGAGGUUACAACCCCUGAAUCCCCCCCCGUCGGUGCGCCACUGCGACACACCACCUUGAUAUUCUUCGCACCAGCUUGGCGUGAUUUGAUGAAUAUUCAUGGUUUUGCUCAGGCCUAGUAAAUUUCUAACAAGAAAUGUGCUAAAUUGUGUGCUAAUGCAGCCAAAGACAGAACUUGGCAAGUUUUGAGCAAUUUCCAUGCACCACCGCGGCUUAAAUACAGGAAAAAUACAUUGGCAAAUCAGUUCUGCAGUAGCCCACAAGGCAGAGAAAGGUUCAUAAAAGGGAGAAUUGUCAUCCAUCCUACUAUAGCAUGAAGCUACAAAGGAAACCCUAUUGGGUUUCGCAAAAAUAAAGCUUCGCAAUCGAAGAAAAAAUUUGUCCUGGUUUAGGAAAAUACUUUGAAAUCUGUGACGUCACACUGACGUACCGGAACUGCGAUUUCAACACAAAAUUCAAGAAUUGAAAGUUUGACCUUCAGUUUCUAUUUCGGAAUGAAGCUGUUACCUUGACACUAAGGAUACUUUAAUAGUCUAAACUGAUUGAAUGUUUCUCUUUAAUGCCUGUUUAAGAGUGCUCUGCCCUAGCCGUUGCAUUAUUUCUGUGUGCGAGAGCUGUUGCUGCGUGUGAAUGACUGAUUGAAGUGUGAAAUGCACAGGUAGAACAGUUAGCUAGCAAGUGACUUCGUGACUGGUUGCGGGCCACCAAUGGGCUCCCUUUUGGGCCUCCUGACUGUCUGUGAAUAAUGAAAGAACAACAACACAAAGACUGAUGCGCGCGACACGCGUGGCUGCCAACAACAAAACUGUAGGUUUGGGCUACAUGCACAUCUUUGCUGGUUGCGCCCCCUACAUGUGCUCAGUGCACCAGCUUAAUGAGCAGUUGUCUGUCUAGGGUGUUGCACAAGAGUCCCCAGCCGUCCGUCCCUCUUUCUGGUUGUGCCGGUAGUGCUGUUUGCUCUUCAGCUGUGGUUGUGGUUGAAGAGGUGUCUUUUUGCAUCACAGCAGAGACGGCUGUUAUGUUUGGAUGUGCUCACUUGCAAAUUGCAGAUACUGGCUUAUGCAGAAUAGCUUGGCAAUGAAAGACUUCACAAGUUCCAAGCCCACAGCUCUUCAUUUUUGUUAUUAUGUGCAAUGCGAACGAGCUCUUGCCUUUAGCAGUUAUUUCUGACUUUUCUACUUAGAGGGUUCACCAUUUUGUCUGAUGUCACUCACUGCUAUAAGGGCUUACUUUGUUUGAACAUAGUAACAAAUCAGCUCAGCAUUCAUGGCUUCAAGCUGCAUCAACAAAAUACUUAAUGGACUGAAUUUGUUAUUAGGCAGUUUCAGCUGAGCAUCGCUUACAGUCCACUCUGCUUGCAUUUCAUGCACUCGGGCAGUGAAGAGUACCGUGCUGAAUUCACAUUUUUGUUAAGCACCUCUCGCAGAAGCGCGAGGGACACGCAGUCGGCUUGGCUGCAAAAUUACGAGGAAGCCAAAUAAACACUGCAUCACAGUCCAUUCAGUGGGCUCGGCAGCAGAGCAAGGGCAGCAUUUUGUCUUCUGCUCCUGGCAUGACCAUUGUUCCCGCUUAGCAGCUGAGCGCAGUGGACUGUAAAUGUCAAGCUAAAACUGUCGACUGACUGGCCAAAGCUCGGCAAAGUGCAAAUGGAAGGGGGCUAACAAGUAAUGGCCUCCAUGCAGAGCCGAGCCCGUUGCCAUUCACUGACGAGUUUGAUUGGCAAGUGUUUUAAAUUUCACGUUGUUGUGGCAGCUGUUGACAGAAGUGCUAUCUCUGCAUGAGCCAAUUGCAAAUGUGAGAUGUGCCUGGCAGUGGAUGAGUUAGAUGUGCAAUCAACCAACUGAAUCCAACGAAGAUGACCUUGGAGAAGGGGCGGGGCUUUGUAGAUUGAACAUUUUUGUAGUUGUUUAGUAAUAAGACUACGACUUUCAUUUACCACUGAACUAUACGUGCUGCACGGAAGUGAAGAAUAGGGAGCAAUUUAAACUCUAUACGUAGGUUAGAUUGCAUCUUUUUCGUCAAAGUUUUACUCUUGGUUUGCCGCUUUUUUGGCUGCAGGCCGCUGCGGGGGUCAGUGUCUUGCACUGUAAAGUGAGGCCUAGAAAUGGGGUAGGGUUUCACAUUGGGCGAGGGGAACACGGGCGGCCAGAGAAAAACUGCAGUGAAGGAGCAUUUUGAAACAGCUGCAAUCUAAGUGAACAACGAACAAACACAACUCAAGCGCGAAUUGCUCCCUGUUCAGCCUUCCCACAAAUGUUCAGUCAUCCUGGCACCAGGUGUUGUCCCCCUGGAUAAUUGUAUGAAACUCUAUAAUAAGCAGCAUUUUUGACAAUGCACCCUUUUGCAUCUUAACUACUGCAUUCCGUAAUUGUAAAUGGCGCAAAGGGCACAGGACAACAAAAGGAUGGGAUACACAAAUGUGCUCUCCCAGCUGAAAGUUUUAACUGAAGUAACAUACCCUCUUCUAUAGGAGGUAAUGGUCACGUGAUUUCGCAGCAUGCAAACCCUGUAAGAUGACCACCAAACAAAAGAAUGUGAAUGAACAAGGCAACAUAACUAGUAUAUAGAAGGCAGAUUACUGCAGUCUCCUAAUCCCACGAUCUUAAGCAAAAAUAAAGGUCACUUUUGUAGGGUGAUGGGGAUAGCACUAACCCUUUUGACUGUCCCGUGUCUUUUUUGCCAUUUGCAAUUGUGCAUCGAAACCAACUCGCCCAUUUCUCUGUCUUAUUACUGCAUUCCACGUUGCAGAUGUGAUUUCUUUCCUGCAAUGCAGCUCUGACCCCUUUUGGCAUUUCUUAACGUAGUUGACGUGGUAGAGCGUCGCUCCGGUGAACAGCGGGCGUCAGUGAGACUAUUAACUCCACAUUCCUUACUCUUUAUAUAAGUGGCAUGGAGCGGCUAAGGACAAUCCAGAAAAGGCACUCGAGGGCACAACUUCCCGCGUCUCCCGACAGCCACGGCUUUUCACAUGUCCCUGUGCUGUGCAUUUUCAGCCAUGGCAUUUUAGUAAAUCUUGUUAGAGAGUAUGUGUGUUAGAAUGAGAUGUGUUCCAUAACCUCUCGCCUGUAUUUUUUUUUUUCUGUAUUCUUUUGAUACAUCAUACAAGCACGUUGCAUAAAGGUCUCUACACAAAUUGCA